CCCGCGGGGCGCGGUGGCUGCCGGGAGCCGCCAUCUUCUCAGCGUGCGGCACCGGGAGCGGCUCCCGCGCCGGGGCCGCACCGAGCGGGACGGGACGCGUCCGGAAUGUAAAUACUGGAAUUUGUUCUAAAGAUUGUUGGAAAAUAGGGAUGAAACCAGUAUCUGCUUUGAUUAAUCUAUUGCUAUACUUGGUCUAAUUGGAUACUAAUUUCUUAGGGAGAACUAUUCAGAUGCAAAUUUGUCCCACUCUUAUCUAUGGAGAGCCUUGCCACGAAUCCAUUUUUCUUGUUUAUUGCUCUAUUCCGUACCCAUAUUACUUCUUCAUGAAGAAAAGUACAAUGUGAAAACAAUUCUCAGAAUGGUAAUACCUGUCUGAGCACUGUUAUGAUGCAGGAUAUUGCUUUAAAUCAUUAUUCCAACUAACUGGAGAAACCUGAAGGAGAGCUCUGCCUAUGCAGAGAUGACGUGUAAUGUCCCCCAUAAUUCGGACUGUGCCGCUCCAGACACUGGCUGUGGCCAGGAAUGGGCACAGGAACGCUGUCGACUGGGAACGUUUGUUGGAUUUCCCCUUGGCUGUCCGGUGUCACCCUUAGCACUGGCACGAGCUGGCUUUGUGUACACUGGAGAAGGUGACAAAGUGGAGUGCUUCAGUUGCCAUGCAACUACUGAAGGAUGGGCAUCUGGGGAUUCUGCAGUUGAGAGACACAAACAGCUUUCCCCAAACUGCAAAUUUAUUACUGACUCUGCUUUUCUGGAAGAUGAUGUGGAUCCUGUAGGCCAGAACUACCGGCACAGAACUGAAAAUGGUUCCAGCAAUUCAGCCCUCCUGUGUGCCCUGGAUGAUGCUGACGUGGAGGCAGAUUACCUGUUGAGAACUAGGCAGGUUGUGGAUAUGUCAGAUACUUUGUAUCCUAGGAACCCUGCUAUGUGCAGCGAAGAAACAAGAUUAAAGUCUUUUCACAACUGGCCCCUCAAUGACCAAUUGACCCCACAGGAAUUAGCUAAUGCUGGAUUUUAUUAUACAGGUGUUGGUGAUCAAGUGGCAUGUUUUUGUUGUGGUGGAAAACUGAAGAACUGGGAACCCACUGACAGAGCUUGGUCAGAACACAAGAGGCAUUUUCCCAAAUGCCUUUUUGUACUGGGCCGGGAUGUUGGAAAUGUUCCAAGUGAAUCCAUUCCUGAUGAAUUUGGGAUAAGUGGCCUGAACAAUGCACAGCACCCAAGGAAUCCAUCUAUGGCAAAAUAUGGAAGACGUUUACAAACAUUUUUGUCUUGGAUAUAUCCUGUUGACAAGGAGCAACUUGCAGAAGCUGGGUUCUACAGCGUAGGCAAUGGUGAUCAUGUUGUGUGUUUCCACUGUGGUGGAGGAUUGCAAGAAUGGAAGGAAAAUGAAGAUCCAUGGGAUCAACAUGCCAAAUGGUUUCCUGGGUGCAAGUUUUUGAGCAAGGAAAAGGGGAUAGAAUUUAUAAAUAAUGUUCACUUAAGAGACGCAUGUAGUGAUCCAACAACAGAAGCUGCUGAAGGGACCAUACUUCCUAAAGAUGAUCUCUUACAGAAUCCUUUGGUACAAAGUGCCAUAGCCAUGGGUUUCAGUUUGUCUGAGAUUAGGAACACCAUGGAAAAGAGAUUGCAGAUGACUGGAGAAAGUCACACAUCUGUUGAGGAUCUGGUAGCAGACUUAAGUGCUCAGAAAGAAAAUACAAGGGAAGAAGAACCAAAUGAAAUCCCAGUUGAGCAAGAUGAGCUUAUUCAAUUACAAAACCUCUACCUGAGCACUGAAGAGAAGUUAAGACGCUUGCAGGAAGAAAAGCUUUGUAAAAUCUGUAUGGCUAAAGAUGUGUCAGUUGUCUUCAUUCCCUGUGGUCACUUAGUUGCCUGUAAGGAAUGUGCUCAAGUACUUAGUGAAUGCCCUCUGUGUCGUACAGAUAUUACGAGAAAACAGGACAUUUUUAUGUAUUAGUGAAAUACACAGCACUAGGAAUGCAAAAGUUUCCUGCUUUAUUGCUUUAAAUAUGUGCAAUGUAAUGUUAAAAAUGCAGUUAAUUCCAAGAUGUAACCAUAUGGCAGUAUUUAGAUUUUUCUGCUGUCAAACUCUACGUGUUUUAACACUUCAAAAAUUAUUUAAAUUAUUUUUCUGAAGUGAAUUUUUUUGUACGUAAAAAGCAAUAUAAAAAGGUAAAUCUGUAUAUUUUGUAACUUGAGUUCAUAGGCUGAAAGCCCAAAUGAUGCAAUCCUUUAUGUGAUCAUUCCUUUGCUUCACUUUGGUAGGACUCUGUAUGACUGAAGUUAAUGCAAAUACAGUUGUAUAAAGAGCCUGUCCCUGUAUAAAAUUUGUGAGUAAUUUAAUUUAAAAUGCUGUUGUAUACAUGUGUAUUAUAGCUGAGAUUUUAACUUCUUAAAAAUGUUAUGUAAGAUUGAAAAUAUUAUUUCUCUGACUGUGGUUGUGACAUAAUUCAGAAUAUACACACAAACCUGCUGCUGAACACUUCACCUUCUGUUUACUUCUUCUGCUUUGUAAGUUUGUCUGUUUUGAUAUGUGUCUCCUUGUCUAUUUUUUCGGGUUUAGAUGUAGGAAUUGGCUUCAGUAAACUGAAGUUUUAGCCAUCCAUUUUCCACAAAAAUCCCUCUGUAUAUAAAAUGUACAUUAAUUUCAUUGAUUUUUGAGAACUCAACAGCGAUGAAGGAGAUUUUAUGCACCUUGUGCCCUUCGUGAGAGGAGUGGGCAAGUUAAGGACUAUUCUAAUGAGAGUCACCUUAAAAUACUCAAACGUUUUCCUACUGGACUGAGCCUCCAUUUCCAGUUAAAAAAAGUAUCACAGCUUUGUAUUUUAGUACAGCUGUUUUAUGGUUACUCUUCUUUAUUAUGUGACUUCCUUGUUUUGUGGAGUACUAUGUUCUGUGUAUAUACUUUUGAGUUCUACACACUAAAAGAUUUAGAAUAUAAAUAUACAGAAUAUAGUUUUUCACAUGGUAAAAGUUUUAAAUCAAAUACACAGAAAUUUAAUAUCUACCUUUUCUAUUUUUUUUUAAUCUGUGCUAUGUAAUGUAAUGAAUAUGUAAAAUAAAGUGCAACCCAGUUGUUCCUUGAUCAGUGUAUUUGAUUCUCACCUGGAAAAAAAAUAAUUUAUAACAGAAGGCUGCUUUCUGUUGUUUUUUGUUUUAUAACUAAACUGUUAUUAAUGUAACCACAGUGUUAUUAGGCAUAACGAACAUAUUUUAAUUGGAGAGGAAAUAAAAUCUAUUGUUUCUAUAAA